AUGCAAUUCUCUUCUGUGAUUCUCGCUGUCUUCGCUUUGGUUUCUACUGGCCUGGCUGAUAAGUCAUGCGUCCCAAGCUUUGAUUACUGCUCGGAUGUUCUCAUCAAGGACAAGGGAUUUACCGAGGCGGAUCUGCAGGCCGUCAUCAAUGGAACUGAUGUUGCUGAUCAGCCUUUGGAGAAUGUUCUAUUCCAUUGCAAGAACCCCGGCAUUGUCGGUCACCCCAAGUCUUGUCCCAAUGGAUGCAAAGAUCCCAAGCAGGAGGGCAGCCAUGGAUGCGACGCGUGA